AUGAGCCCCUGGGUCGUUCACGGCUGCUCGCCCUCCCCCCGAUUCCUCCUCCCGCCACCGCCUUCGCGUCACUCAACAUAGUGGCCGAUUCCCCCCCUUCGCCUUCCUCUUCGUUCGGUUUCGAUUGUUGACGCUCUCGUAGAAGAAUCGUGAGGGUUCCCUACUUCGUUGAGGUAGUGCCCUUUCAUCCGGGGCCGGAAGUGGUGUCGUCUCGCAAGGCGGAAAGGACUGCUUCGGUGAGCUCUUUCCAGAUUCUUGUGCUGUCGGGUGUGUCUCUCUUGGCGUCCGCUGCGCCCCUGAUCAACAUCGACGAACCCGACCGACCUGUCGAGCCCGCCAUUGUACGCGCCCGCAACGUCAUCGCGUGGACGCUACCUUCUGGAAGGGUUUUGCGAUGUUUGAUCGACUCUGGGUCAGAGGUCGACUUGGUAGAUCAGGAGGUGGUGCGAGUCGACCCGAGCUUCGCAACGGCCCGUUUGACUGCGCCGUUGCACUUGCGCCUCGGCACCCAGGAUAAGUCCGACCGAUGUGCUGUGUUCGCCACCGCUCCUUUUUCGUCUGGCGCCCUAGAUCUCGGUUUGCGACCAUUCUUCAUUUGCCGUGUAAUGGCGUACGACGCCAUCUUGGGGCUGCCGUUUCUUAAGGACACAGGCAUGCUCGUUGGUUGGGGCGCCUUCACCGUCGCGCGCACCGGCCCUUCGCAACCCGUCGCCCAGGAUACGCACGAAUGGGACCGAGCCGUCACCGUAGCACCUAUCUUAUCCGGUUCUGCCAUUGGCUGCAAUCACCCUGGGUUGCUCCCCGACGACGAGAUCAUCGGCCUCGAGCCACACAACCCGCUGCUCGAUGUCGUUGACGAUCCGACGCUCGACGAUAUGUCUGAGUCCAAAGCACGAACACGAUUGGCUGCCUUACUCGAGAAAUUUUCUGAUGUGUUCGUAGAUUCGUUACCGAUGGAUCAACUCCCACCGUACCAGCCAGUCAACCACGAGAUCCCGUUGAUCGAUCCCACCGAAAAGGUCAAACCCCGGGUGUACCCCCUUGCCGACAAAUAUCGGAGCCAGUGGGCGGAACACUCAGCUAAGUACACUCGUGGUCGAUUCUGGGUUUCGGGUCCGAUCGAUUCUGCGGCUCCGGUCUUUGCCAUUCCGAAGAAGAACUCCCAGACGGCUCGUUUCGUGAUCGACCUCCGCGCGCGCAAUAGCAACACCGUCAAGGGUUUUUCGCCCAUCCCGGACAUGACCAAUGUUCGAUACGAGGUGGCUCGAUCGCGUUAUCGCUCUAAAUUCGACGUGGCCGCGGCAUUUGAGCAGGUUCGGGUCAUACCGGUGCACGUCGAUCGCACCGGCUUCGCAACAGUGACGGGCACGUACACGUCGCGGGUCAUGCAGUUUGGUGACACCAAUGCGCCCAAUACCCUCAACCUCUUGACCUCGGCAAUGUUCCAGCCGUGUCUCCCGUUCGCCAAGAUCUUUUUCGACGAUGUUCACGUCCAUUCCGAUACCCGUCGCGCACACUUGAGACACAUCAAGAUCCUGCUGAUGACAUUGAGACAUUACCGGUUCUACUUAGGAUCCAAGAAGUCCGAGUGGUUCUCAAAGUCGUUGGAUUCCUUGGGCACCAUCAUUUCCGACGUCGGCAUCGAAGUCGACCCCGCCAAGUGGGAGCGUAUUCAGCAGUGGCCGAUCCCGCGCAACAAGACCGACGUCCAGCGUUUCCUCGGCACCGUCAAUUGGAUGCGAGAUCACCUACCACACCUCUCGAUGAUCUUGGAGCCGAUCACCGCGUUGAUGGCGCAAUCGACGUCGUGGCAUUGGAACGAGCGAGAACAGCAGGCUUUCGAUACCGUCAAGUCCCUGGUGCCCGCCAUCCUACGACCGAUCGAUGGCGCCAAGGUUACCUCGGGCGAGCACAAGAUGUACCUCUUCACGGAUGCCAGUCGGGUUGGCAUUGGCGCUUGUUUGGCGUCCGGUCCCAACCGUUCGCAGGCCGUUCCAACGCGAUUCUUUUCCACUAAGUUCAACGGUGCUCAGCUCAACUAUCAUGUCACUGAUAAAGAGUUCUUGGCUGUCGUCUCGGCGUGUCGGGCGUUUGAGCAGCACUUGAUCGGUUACCCCUUCGUCAUCGUCACCGACCAUCAGGCCCUUUGCACGAUAAAAACCCAAAAACUGCGCCAAACGCCUCGGCACAUCCGCAUGUGUCUCGAACUCAGCCGUUUCGACUUCGAAUUUGAAUUCAUUGCUGGCAAGAACAACACCCUGGCCGAUUCGUUGUCGCGUCUGUGGGAGGUCAAGGAGGGAUCGCACGAGGAUCAGGUCAAGGAGAAUGAGUUGGAGGACAUGUUCUUUGAUGGAGAACACCACAAAUUCACUACACCCGGUGAGAGUCUCCUUGAGGAACGUCCUUACACCUCACCUUCGCACGAUCGGUUGCCCCCUGUUGAUUGCGCCUUCGGGCCCUGGGGUCACGGUUACGACGCAGGCUCUCCCGGUUCCCCUCAUCUGGCCGAGAACAUUAUGGACACCGUCGAUUCGUCUAUCGGCCGCCUCUCUCCUCCCAUCGCUGUCAAUCGAGUUCACGCUAUCGCUGCGGCUCCCGCCAACGACCCGCCCAUUCCGGUCGAUGCCGACGCCGACGAACUCGAUUUGUUGGGAGUCGCCACCGAUGACGUCAAUGACACCCCUGUAGUCCUCGUUUCCGACCGUGAUCCCAAGUUCACCUCGCAGUUUUGGCGGGCAUUGCAGGCAAAGAUUGGCACCGUCUUGCGAAUGUCAACCGCGGCACACCCCGAGACGGACGGAUCGAGCGAGAAUCGGAUCAAGAUGGUCACCCAAACCCUGCGGAUCAUGGUCUCGUCAAACCACGAGGCUUGGGCAUCUCGUCUUGUUGAAGCUGAGUUCGCUCUUAACUCUUCUGUUGCUGUGUCCACGUCGCUGUCGGCUUUUGAGGCAACCUACGGCUACCUUCCUCGAUGCUGGCCCUCGGAUUCCUGGUCUGUCUCGGACGUCCCUUGUGCGGAAGUGUUUGCUCGGAUCCGACAAUUACGGAACCUCGACAUGACAGAUGUGAUCAUUGGAGCACACCUCAACCAGUCCCAUCAGGCCAACAAGCAUUGACACCCGGACGACCCCGCCUUUUGGACCGGCAGUUACGUCUAUCUUUCGACAAAGAACCUGGCAGUUCCUGACGGCAUGAAGUCGAAGUUGUUGCCGCGCUACAUCGGCCCCUUCCGUAUCCGAGCGGCCAUCCCUGCGACGUCCAGCUACGACCUCGAGCUCCCUCCAGCGAUGUCGCGAGUGCACAGUCGCUUUCAUGCUCGACUGCUUCGGCCUUAUGUUGAGAAUUAUGCUGAAAGGUUCCCUGGGUGUGACCCUGCAGUUCUUUUUGUCGAAGACGUAGCCGACGCGGCCGACAACUCUGUGAUUCCGGAACGGAUUGUUCGCGAUUGGCGGAACACUCGGGGUGCUCGUUCGUUCUUGGUUCGAUGGGUAGGCCGUAACGACACCGACGAUACUUGGAUGUCAGAGCAGUCCCUUCGCCUUGACCAUCCGUCCGUCCUCGACGCCUACUUCGUGCACCUCGAUGGCUCGAACCGCAGCCUCGCCGCACGGUAG